GCCUUGGGUCAAGGUGAGGACUUCGCCUCAGGCACAGCGUUUGCAUUGGUUGCCAGCAUGGAAGGAAUAACUGCCCCAAACCUGUCAGUCAUGUAAAUCUGCACCUGUAAGCAAUAGGCACCUGUGUAUAUAGGUUUCAUAUCAAUAUUUACAGAAGGCCGCAGUAUUGUGAGUGGCUGUGUGUACAUAAAUACCCAGCUUAUUCUAUGUAGGUACUCAAUUUAGGCGUUACCUGUGUAACAUCGUGGGAACAGAGCCUGGUGGCCCAACCAACAUUUGUUGCUGGUGUAUCAAUAUUUCUGGUUCUGAUUUCUAUGCUCUAUGAUCCUAGUAACCAAGAAUUUGUUUGAAUGCCAGGACUAAUAAUCUCUUACAUUACAUUCGGGAGACACCGAAUCCAGGGAUUUGGUCAAACCAUGGCCCGUUUAGCAGGUCCAACUAUAUCCUAAAGCCUCAGAUGAACUGAAACCUUAAAGCCAUGUGCUCCAGACAGCGGGACAUAUUUUUUUCAUAUUUAAUGCAAUUUCUCCUGGAAUUUGAACAUGCAAAUUAGGGUUCCAAUAUGGUAGAACAUGCCUGAGCAACCACCCACCCCUAUCAUUGGGAAGAUGGCCGUGUUUUUGAGAUGGAAAAGAUUUUUGAUUGAUUUUGGAAGGGCGUUUGGUCCUGGUCAAAUACUCUAAUACCACAGAGAGCCGGUUGUCCUCUCCUCCACCCCUGGGAAAAGGAUAACUGUAAGUUUGCACCAUGAUUAGAAUAAAAAGUUGACCCAGUAGGACCCAGUUUCAGACCCAUUUUACUCUGCUAUUUUCCUCAGUGCCCUGUUAUUGUUUAAUAUUUCAGUUUAUUGACCUCUGGCUUGUUUGGGACUCUCCUAAUUGCUGCCUGCCCCAACGUCUGCCCUGAACUGGGACUCAGAUACAGUUUAUCCCUUAUUAUGGUGGACUUUGGCUUUAUCUACCAACUUCCACCUUAGUCCCUACCUGGUCCUGAUAGACUCGUGGCCCCUACACAUCCAGAUUUGACUGUGACCACCAUGAAGUUAUGUCCAUCUCAGAUGGAAUGUUUGAUGGGGUGGAGUAUCUGCCCAACAGGUACCACGCAUGCUUUGAUGAGUCAAUAGUAUUAAUAGAGUACAUAGUGUGAACUGGUAACUGGAAAAAGAGUUUAAAUGGAGAUAUAUUUCCCCUAGGUCCAUCUUCUACUCACUCAUGUCCUGAGUGGGUUAAUUUCCCAAGGAGGUCUCAUCUGGGGAAUAAUUAGCAGGCUAGAUCUAGGUCCAAAGAGAGUGGGUCCCCAGACAGACUGAGACCCAAGAGAGGGAAAGACUGUACCUUAUGGAAUGGCCUGGAGUACUUCUAGUGAAGGUACUAUGACUUGGUGGAGUUUUUUGGGGUUUAGCUGUAAAUUCCCAUAGGGGACCAGUAGUAGAAAGGGAAAGUACCCUGUGUAGUAGUUAGAGCCCAAGUGUGGCAAGAGUUUUGUUUUAGUUUGUUUAUGCCCCUGUUUGGCAACCAAGCCUGGAACUGUAUGUAAUGAAACCGACCUUAUCAUGCAAAAGAACUGUAUGUACAUCUGAUCCCGCUCACAAUAGAUAAUUGUUUUUUUACCUACUAUGUUUGCCUUAGGGAACUGUGUAACUAGAACAUGACAGAUUUAUUGCUGGCUACUUUCUUUAUAUGAAGGACACUUCAUGAUUAGUUCUUCAUUUGAAUUGGAGGAGACAGAGUCAUUACCAUGUCUGACUUAUAUCUUCUGAAUUUGCAGUUCCUCCCUGCCACCGCCAGUGACUAUGAUGAGGUUAUGUCUAUCUCAGGCGGAAUACAUGAUGGGGUGGAUUAUCUGCCGUUCAGGUACCACGAGUGGUUGGCCGAGCCUCAGCGGAGGAUGUUUGUAGCCAGAUCUGAAGAAAAAGUGGUCGCCUUUGCCUCCUUCUUGUUGGUGGACGGUGGCGUAACGGCCGUGCUGCAAGGUCUCCGCGUCGCCCCCUGGAUGAGGGGCCGUGGGAUUGCUAGGGAAAUUCAGAAGUUUUGUUUCAACACCCUGCGCACUAACCACCCUGGGGUCACCAAAAUACGGGAAACAGUAGAAGAAAACGUUCCGCCAUCUUUGCUGAGCAAGUCUCGGUUGUUGCAUUCCAAGGCGGUUGUCUCAGUGUUCCUGCCCAACGACCAUCUGGAGAAGACAACCCAGUUACUGAGCUGCCGGCUGCUGAGUGUCUAUCAGGGGAGACCUCCAGUUCCACAAAGUCUCUCCAAGGUUCUACGUCUGCUUGAUGAUCCCAGGACUGCAGAAGAUUUGUUUCCCAAGGGGGUUCUUAUUCAGGACCUGCUGCCUCUUACCACACACAAAUGCAAUAUAGAGUUACUGGCACGUUGGGGCAUUGCCUGGGUAUACUCUAAACCUUCUGAUCUUCUAACUAACCCCAUUGAAGGUGCUAAUUCUUCUUCCAUAUCCAACCUAUCUGAACAUUCUACUCUCUCUUGCACCUCCUCUGGGUUCCUUAGCCUGAGCACCCCUCCAUUCCCAGUGCCCUUAGAAAAAGGCGUGUAUCGUCUGAACAUUGAUCUCUUUGGCUCCAAUCCUAGCUUUGCACAGGCACAUAUUCUGCAUCACGUGACUGAGGCAGUAAGGGUGCUGCCCCCAGGGGGCAGUAUUGUCUGCUUUGUGUUUGCAGAAGAGACCCUGAGAAAACCAGUUAUGCAUUAUUUGCACGGGAUGGCCCCUUUCCCUGCCUAUAGGGAGCUUCUUAUGUUAGAGAGAACCCUGGAAGCCUAGUGUGUGCCUGUAGUAAACCAGUAGACAUACAAUAUAUCCCCCUUUGUACUAAUUGAGCUUAGAUUUAUCAUCUUCUAGAUCUUUAUGAUAGCUGGUGUUAUGCCAAGGAAUUGGGAACUGCUGAUUUGGUGCUUUCCGUUAUGGUAGGAUGUGUAUAUAUAUAUAUAUAUUCUAACAAUACUGUAUGCUAUAUUAGUAGUGCAAA